AUGAAGAGAUUUCAAGGUGAUUGGACAGUUUAUAUUUUUGGAAGACUUGGAAUCAAAGGUUUUGAAAAAAAUCCUAAGCUCGAGCCCAGCCCAUUUAAUUUGAACAUUGAUCACAUAAAAGCUAUUCUGAUGAAUGUGUUUGUUGCUGGAACAGAAGCAACCGCAGCCACUGUGAUAUGGGUCAUGAGCUUUUCGAUGAAAUAUCCAAAGUGUUUAAAGAAAACUCAAGCAGAAGUGAGGGAUUUGAUUGGGAAAAAAGGUUUUGUAAAUGAAGAUGAUGUUCAAGGUUUAACUUACCUAAAAGCUGUGAUAAAAGAAACAUUCAAAUUACAACCAACAGCUCCAUUAUUAGUGCCACGAGAAACAUUUGGAAAGUGCAAUAUAGAUGGGUAUAAUGUACCAGCCAAAACCUUAGUCUUUGUGAAUUCAUGGGCAAUAGGAAAGAACCUUGAAACUUGGGAAAAUCCUGAGGUGUUUUCUCCUGAAAGGUUCAUUGGUUGCUCUAUUGACUACAAAGGACUACACUAUGAACUCGUACCAUUCGGUGCGGGUAGAAGGAUUUGCCUUGGAAUGCGAAUGGGAGUUGCAACGGUGGAGCUUUCCCUUGCUAAUCUUCUUUACAAUUUCGAUUGGGAAAUGCUGAUUGGAAUGAAUAAAGAAGACUUAGACUUCGAAGCCAUACCUGGUAUCACUGCCUACAAAAAAAACAGUCAAUGCAUAGUAUCUAGGAACACAAUUAUGGCCAUGUAUCUAUGUCAUCUUUUUUGCUAUCAGAGUCAAGCCCUUGAGCUCUUAGAAGCGGCCACUGUAACACCCCUAACCAGUGUUUGUCGCCGAACUAGGGUUACGAAAUAUUACCAACCAAAACACAACUCCGAAUAG